ACCAGAGAGGCAAGAACAAACAAACACAUAAACAAGAUGUCCCUCCAUAACGGCGCCGCCACACGCAAGAAGCAGCUGGUGAUAAAUGCAUUCGUCGAAAUGUGCAGUGGUCAUCAGUCCCCAGGCCUCUGGCGACACCCUGCAGACGAGUCUUGGCGCUUCAACGACGUAGACCACUGGGUCCGGCUCGCCAAACUGUUGGAGGAGGCCAAAUUCCAUGGCAUCUUCAUUGCCGAUGUUCUAGGCGGCUACGAUGUCUACAAAAAUUCGUUGGAUCCCGCCAUCAUUUCUGGUGCCCAGUGGCCAGUCAAUGAACCUUUGUCGGUAGUGCCGGCCAUGGCAGCUGCAACAAAGAGUAUUGGUUUCGGAGUCACUGCUUCCACCACAUACGAGCAGCCGUUUCAUUUGGCAAGGAGGCUAUCGACUGUCGAUCAUCUGACCAAGGGCCGAGUCGGAUGGAAUAUUGUAACUGGUUAUCUCGACUCGGCCGCACGCAACCUCGGAAAGACAGAGCAGCCACAGCAUGACGACCGAUAUGCCCAAGCCGAGGAGUAUAUGAAGGUCAUGUACAAACUGUUCAACUCAUCCUGGCGAGACGACGCAGUGCAGCUCAACCGCGAAAAAGGCAUCUACACUGAUCCCUCCCUCGUCCGGCAGAUCAACCACGAGGGCAAGUUCUUCACCGUCCCGGGCCCCCACAUCGUCCAGCCCAGCCCCCAGCGCACCCCCCUCCUCCUGCAGGCCGGCACAUCGCGGGCCGGCAAGGAGUUUGCCGCCCAGCACGCCGAGGCCAUCUUCGUGUCAGCACACUCCCCCGCAGUCCCCGCCGCGAGCAUCGCCGAGAUCCGCAGGUUGGCCAGGGACAAGUACGGGAGGGAUCCCGACAGCAUCAAGGUCUUGGCCCUGGUUACCGUGAUCCUCGGCCGCACCGAGGACGAGGCCAGGGAAAAGCUGCGCGACUACAGACAAUACGCGUCGUUGGAGGGUGCGCUUGCUCUGUUUUGCGGGUGGACCGGGAUCAAUCUGGAUCAGUACGGCGACGAGGAGGAGUUGCGGCAGGUGGAGAGCAAUGCGGUUCGGUCGACCGUCGAGGGUUAUGCCAAGUUCUCGCCAGUCAACUCCAAGUGGACCAAGCACACGGUGGCAGAGCACAUCAGCAUUGGGGGCAAUGGGCCUUUACUCGUAGGCACCGCGGCCCAGGUGGCCGACGGCCUCGAGACAUGGAUAAGGGAAGCCGACGUGGACGGUUUCAACUUUGCAUACGCAGUAUUUCCGCAGUCCUUCAAGGACAUCAUUGAGCUCUUACUUCCCGAGCUACGAAGCAGAGGUUUGUUCUGGGACGACUAUGCUGUUCCUGGGGGCACAUACCGGGAGAAUUUCUACGGCAGGAAGGGCCAAACGUUUCCCCCUGAUGAGCAUGUUACGUCCAAGUAUAGGUGGAGGCAAGGAGUCGAUGCGACGGAGCAUGUCAUCCCGCAGUAG